AUGUUUGAUUACAUAUCUAACAUCAAUGCAAUUGAGCAGUUCUCAUGGGUACUAAAGCGUGGAACUGAUGUGGAUGAUGGAACUCAGAAAGAACGGGCCCCCUGUCUUCUGCGUGUUUGUUUGCGCGGACUCGCCGACGAAAAUGUACACGGCCACCGCAUUACUGUAGGUUGGAACACGAAUAGCUCAACUGAAUGCCCCAAACAAUUAGACACGCUUAGUAAGCUUAUGCUUAUGUAUGACCCCGAAGGAAGAGAGCAGGGUGGUCAGAAAUUGCAAACUUAUAUCGCCGCGAUGGCGGCAGAUAAGGACAAAAACGAUACAUCAACGAAAGGUGAGCAAGAUCUGAAGCAGUUGGCGGUGUUUCCUGCGCAGAAGCUGCCAGUGUCUGAAUUCAUUUGGGACGCUACAAAUGCCACUUCAACGCUAGCUUCAAGUCAUGAGACAUUGCUUCGAAAGUGGCAGCUAAAUGAAGGAUCAGUUGAAGCGCAGGAAAAGUUGGAGCUGGACGUUUUAAUGAUGGCAUAG